CUUAACUGCCCUCGCCUUUGCACACACUCGUUUUUCACCUACCGCCCACCACCAGUCACCCGCUCGCAGCUCUUGCCUACACUCUUUUCUGAUUAGCUCGCCCGGCAGACGACCCAACAUGGCUGAUACUUCAAAAUCAACCACUUCUCCCCCUCCAACAACCGACGAUCCGAGCAAGCCGACCUUGGCGUCCACCAGCUCGAGUGUAGCCACCACCACCACUACAUCGACCUCUACCACUUCCACUUCCACCUCCACCUCCACCUCCACUUCAUCCACCUCAUCGACUUCCACGACCUCCACACCUACCGCCUCGACAGGUGGCGGCAGCUCGACCUUGAGCAGUACUUCCACUUCUUCGAGUGCGUCUACUUCAUCUCCCAGCCAAACCUCAUCAUCUACGACCUCGUCUACCUCUUCCGACACUACAUCGUUACCUCCUUCUGGUCCGCCCCCCGCGAUUACUUUGCCUGCUGCGGCAACCUCGCAGCCGCCGCCAACAUCAGCGACAGUUUUCACGUCCACACAGCCAGAUGGAAGCGCAGUCGUAGUUACGAAGUUCAUAACGUCAUCGUCGUCGUCGUCCUUAGCACCUACGAACACCCUCGUAGCGCAGAAUAGCGGCAGCUCCAAAAGCUUCUUCCAGAACACAGGUGCUGUUGCGGGUGUCUUUGCUGCUGUCGGACUCAUCGCAGUUGUGAUUGGUAUCGCCCUCGUUACAAAUGCCAUUCGCCGCCGGCGUGCAGCGAAGUUUGACCGCGAGAUCGACGAGGCUGCACGCGACGCCGCCAACGUGGGCGUACGCUUUCCGGACCUUGACGACGACGACUUCACGCUCGGCGCGCGCAGCAUGUACACCGACGGCACACAUGGCGGGUACAGUCAGCCUCCUCUGAAGCCUUUCGAGACGUACAACAUGAGCGAGAUCCCGCUCGCGGCCGAGCCCGCGCAGUACGGCGCAUACGGAGCCGCCGGAAUCGGUGCGGGAGGGCUCAACCGCUCGCGCAGCACGACCCAGCCGUACAACGCGUUCGCAAGCCCCCCGCAGGACGACACUUACUACGAGCUACCACUGCCUUCGGGAUACGCGGACGCAUACAACCAGCCGGCCGGAAAUGCGGGGCUGCUCGACGCGGCGGGCCUUGGCGCAGGCGCCGGUGCGAACCUUGCGCAUGGGUCGAGCCAGCACCAGUACGGCUUGGCUCCGUCGCGAAACCAGAGUGCCGGCGGCGCAUGCGCGAUAGAGAGUUAUGGCGACCCUUACGCGCCUGCGUCCACUGCCUACGCGGCGUACCAGCCGCCUCCACAGCCUCAACCUCAAGUGCAACAAUCGCAGUGGGCAACACAAGGAGCAGCACAGCAAUCGCAGUGGGCAGCACAAGGAGCAGUACAGCAAUCGCAGUGGGCAGCACAAGGAGCAGCACAGCAAUCGUACGGACAGCAGCAGCAAAGGCCCGUCUCGAGUGUGGAGGAUCCGUACGGAGGGCUCUCGAACACGUUUACCGUCUCGGGAGACCACGACCACGAGCUUGAAGGGAGUGGGGAGGGAAGUUACGAGAAGGACGGAUAUGGGCAUGAUGAUGCGCCGUACGUGCCGCGUGAGAGCCGCAUGAGCGUAGGUGAUGAAGAGGACUACGGGUAUGGUGGCGGGCGACGGGUCUUGAAGGUCGCUAACGAGUGAGAAUAUACUUGUCUUGAAUCAUAAAGCAGCCGCCUCGAAGCAAAACCUGUGGCCAUCGCGUGGUCUGGCACCAUCCCUAUUCUUAUGUGUAUUCCUAUCUGCUACCUGUCAUACCUUCCCGCUACUGUACGUCCUUCAGCUCGUUGAGAAUUUUCUCCCGGCCUAUUUUCCUUUGCUCCUUUGUCUACCACCUAUUGUCUACCCGCUUGAUGAUCUGCCUGCUCGCCUGUCCACGUUGCUUCGCCGCUGCCCACUUUCACGACGCUCAUGCUCCUGCUGCCGUUGCCGUCGCUAUUACUUCUGUUGUUGGUGUCUUGGCUCGUGUCAUUUAGUUCCUGUUUCUCUUCGCCUGUCUCUCGAUGAUCGGCGUCUCCGCCUUGAUUCUGGAUUCUUAACUUAUGCACGCAUCGUGCUUACAAGUAGGACACUUACUUGGGUAAUGGAGGUGCCGCGUUGUCGUCACGUUCCCAGACCUUAUGUGCUCUCUACUGUGUUAUGGAUUUCUGCGAGCUGAGUACUAGCGCGACUCGCAACUGUGCAGCC